GUUUUACGCGCUCAUUGGUAUUAACGCGUGGACGCUAAAUCAUUCUCUCAAUGGUCUCGUUGGAAACAGGAAGUGUCUAUUUAACUGACUAGUGGAUUAUCAGUCGGAGAAAGAGAGUUGCCGAUCCAGACUGCCAAUCUUGAUGCUCUUAUUUGCAUCAUUGGGAGGCAGUUGUUCUAAGACUGAUCGACAUGACGAUCUUCAGGGGAUCGCGGUGUCUUCAGUUGCUGACUAUUUUUCUUUUCGUCGGAGUGACGAUUCAACGAGAAACUACGCAAGAAUGUGGACGAACAAAGUGCAAAAAAGAUGACAAACCCAAGUUCAAGUUCAACGUAGGAACAGUCUAUCGUUAUAAUCACAAUGUCAAUGUGAGUCUUAAUCUCGGAAAUGAAUCAACAGCAUCGAAUCUCUUUAUCACAUCAUCAGUAGAAAUUGAAUUCACAACACCUUGUGAAGCAGAUCUUCGUAUCACUGACUCGACUAUUGCACAGCGUGUGAAAUCAAAGGAGGAGGCUCAGUAUCCGGAUCGAGCUGAGACGAAAUUCAAAGAACAGCUUAAAAAAUAUAGUCUACGAUUUGCCUUUGAGGAUGGAAUUGUUAGAGAAUUGUGUCCCCAUCCGAAAGACACCGUCUGGAGUCUCAACAUCAAACGCGGUAUUCUGUCGAUGCUUCAAAAUUCCAUGAAGAGAUUUGACGUUGAUCAUCACGACAACGAAAUGGAUGUCAACGGCAUUUGCAACACGCGAUACAGACUUCACGAGGCCAGAAAGACUAGUCUGAUCAUCACAAAGAUCAAGAACUUGGACAGUUGUUCCAACCGGGGUAAACAUUUAUCAAUAAUUCAAUCCAGCGGCUACACCAGUCCCAGGAAGCACUUGAAGAACGGCCUACUUGAGUCUCACAUGAACUGUGAAAUUGUUAUCGAUCAUAAUAUUUAUGAAAGUGUCAUCUGCAGGGAGAGCCACACGUUGAAAGCCCUGUCGAAUCGUGAUGCUGCUGUUAAGACAACUAUCAAUUCAGAACUCGUGUUAAUCGCGGAAGUGACGGAGGAAGACGGUUACUCAAGGUUUGACAAUGAAGAUGAGGACGACACGAUGAUUAAUUACGAUCACAUAGUUCCAACGAAUCUCUUGUAUGAUCAUUCAUCAGAGGUAUCAAUAGGCAAAUCCAGUCAUUCAGACAUGAGAACUUCGAGAGAUCUUCUAAAGAGCAUGUGUCUUCUAGGAUCUAGUGGUCAAUUAGAGCAACAGUUCUCGGAGAUGUUCACCAAGUUUGUUCACUCAGCACGGGCUCUCCAUCAUUCCUCUUUAUCGCAAUUAUUGCAACAAGCUGACAGUAUCUGCACAGGGGGUAAAAGGAAUAUCCUGGAUGCUCUUCCCUUCAUCGGUUCUGGGGCUUCCCUCAAAGUCAUGAGAGACACGAUGUCCAAAAAAAUGGUGGACAAGGACAGGAGCGAUAAAUGGGUAACAGCCAUCGCUCUUGUUCCUCGUCCUGAUGCCUCAACAGUUGCAGCAUUACUCUCACUUCUGGAAUUGGAGCGUGAUAUGCCUGACUCACAUUUAACUCUAGUCUACUCAGCGGUUGUCCGAGCAUUCUGUCAAAAUGACGCUGCUAUGAAGAAGUGGAGACAUCGAGAGCAGACGGGGGGAUUUUUCCAGAAUGACGAUUGUUUGUCCAUCGAAGGAACUGGCAUAAAUAAAUUCAUCGCUAGAUUAGAAGACACUAUAGAAAAAGGUUGUGCUCCUCAAUCUCAUAAAUUACAAGAGAACAUGAAGACUUUGGAGGCGCUGAAAGCGAUUGGUAAUAUGGGACUGGAGACUGAAGGAAUAUUGAGAAAGCUUGAGACGUGUGUCAACGAUGCAGGGGGAUUUCUCCCGAUGGAGAUGAGACUCGCUGCUAUCGAGGCCCAUAGACGGCUACCAUCGUGUCAAGAUACUAGGGAUAAAAUUUUUUUGGAACUCUAUCGAAACAUCACUUAUGAUCCCGAGAUAAGAAUAGCUUCUUACUUACAAGUCAUGCGUUGUCCAGAUUACAAUGUUAUAAAAACGAUAAAAGGCAUUUUGAGAGACGAACCAGUCAAUCAAGUUGGCUCAUUUGUAUGGAGUCAUUUAACUAAUUUACAUGCAUCAUCGUCACCAACGAGAAUUGAAAUUCAGAGUUUGCUGACAGAUCGCGAUCUUGGGGACAAGUUCAACAGUGACGCCAGGAAAUAUUCAAGAAAUUAUGAGACAUCUUUUUUCUCGGAGGAGUACAACGUCGGUGGAACAUUCCAGAGUAAUGUCAUAUUCUCUUCUAAAUCUUAUAUUCCACGAACAUUGACAUUCAAUGUCUCCUUGGACUUAUUUGGAGAGUCUGUUCAUGUAUUUGAAGCUACAGUACGUAUGGAGGGAAUGGAAUAUUACGCGGAAAAGUUCUUUGGUCCUGAUGGGCCACUCGCCAAUGAGAAAAUUUCCCGUCACAUUGCGAGUUUUCUCCGGAAAAUCAGAUCUCCUGAUGAUGUAAAUGCUAUUUUGGACAGUGUGAAACGUCUGCCCAAUAUCAUAGACAACAACUUUGAUGAUCCUAGGAUCAGCAUAUCUUACAAAAUAUUUGGAAACGAGCUUGAUUUCAAGACAUUGAGGGGAAAAGACGAUAUUGCUAGAAAUAUACUCGCGUUAGAUCCUUGGACCAGAAUACUAAAACUUUUCUCUGGCAAAGAAUUACGUUAUGAUAAUUCUGCCAUGUUCUUGGAUUCAAGUUAUAUCGUACCAACAAUGGCAGGAUUACCAGUGCGAUUGGAUCUCACGGGGUCUGCCGCUUGCAAUCUCAAACUCGCCGGUCUCUUGGACGCGGGGAAGUCAUCAAAAAAAACUGAAAUUGAAUUCACUGGCAAUCUAGCUCCCAGUGUCAGCGUUGACGUCACUGGGAAGAUGAUUGUAGAUGCAUUUUACAAAAGUGCUGCCAUCAAACUCAGAAGUAACAUCUAUUCCUCGAGUGCUGUACGACUGAAGCUAGAAGUCAAAGGAAUGGAACUGAUUAGACUGAAUGUGGGGCUGCCGAAUCGUCAGCUGGAAGUUUUCUCCAUGAGGACUGAUAUUUUAUUGGUGAACGGGAACGAGGCAACGACCACGGAAACAUCGGCGAUAGGCUCGUUAAGACAUCCGCCUGUCUACUUUGCCAAUACAACAUGCAGCUGGCCAGUUCUGGAACGGUUGAUCGGUCUCAAGCUGUGUCUGGAUUAUCAAUUUCCAAAUACUACGGAAAUCACUGAUGCUUCAUACUUUUUACUCAAUGGACCAACUGUAUUGAGGACCUCUAUCAUCAAGGCCGAUCCCACUGCCGAGAGCUAUUUGUUUGAAUACAAAUGGAAUGCAUCACCAACGGAGAGCACAGUAAAAUUGGCAUUUGACACUCCAGGCUCGAAAAUCCAUCGAGAAGCUAGUGCAAUUCUUAUGUUCGAUGCUCCAAAUCGAAACGUAAGUCUGCUCCUCUCAUCCGCAGGUAACAGUUUAGUAGCGAAGGGCACAUACAAACGUACUGAUAACGAAGCCAUGAUCGACAUAGGCCUAGACAUCAACGGCACUAAGCACCUUCAAGGAUGCCUGGGCUAUAUCCGUGACAAAGUUAAGUACGGCUACCUUUACAGCCCGAAAAUGUAUCUCGCCAUCAACGGAGAGCGAGUAGCUGAGCUCCAUGGAACCAUAAAAGACAUUCACAAGAACAACAUCUCCCAGUGCGACAUCAAUCUGAUUUUUGAAACGAAGAGAGUCAAGAGCAGCGUCCUGGGCAACAUCAUGACCAGGGAGACCAGUUUAACCGGGAAAGUCAAACUAGAUUAUCAAUUCCAACAAACAAUGAGAAAUGAAACCCUUCAAGUAGAAAUUUCAUUGACGAAUAAAUCCACGAAGACAUUAACUCAUAGAGAGGCGAAUCUAAAAAUUCGGUCGAGUGCUUAUCCCCACUUGAAUGCCAUUAUCAAUAGUUGGUAUCAGCAAGCCCUAGGCCAUCUUGAACUUCACCUGGAAAUCAACGGAAAGCCACACCUCAAGGACGAUCGGCACAAAUUAACAGCUCAAUUGGUCCUAACUCAUUCCAAGGCAUAUUUCCAGAGUGAAGAAGCUAAGAUCAACGCAUAUUUCGCCCUCACCAAACCAAUUCAAAAUCUCGAUAUUAAAGUUGGUAUCCAGACAUUUUCGGUUGGUCCCACAUCGAAGACCCACUUCCUGGUGAGAUAUGCACCGAGAAAAGAGAUCACGCUAGAUGUUCACUUAAUUACUCCUAGAGGAAACAUGUACGCAAUCGAGGCACAUGUGAAUAUGACAAUUCCAAAUCUAGAGUCUUUGAUCAUGCAUGUGAAAAUAACGGAGAAAGCUAGACGAGAAUACGAUAUCGACUUCAGUGGCACAUGGUUCAGUGGUCACAACAUCACUAUGCGUGGUAGUUAUGCUGACAGAUCUUCAGGAGUAGCUGGAAUAACUGGAACCGCACGGAUUGUCAGUCACAAUUUAAAGUUACUUGUGAGAUCGCCGAGUUUAGCGAGGGAUAUCUUGAUUAACUGUAAACUCUAUCGAGAUCUGACAGAUAUCAAAUUAGACAUCAAUGUUGAGUAUGUGGAUGCUGAUAAAUACGCCCUGAAGUUUGAGCAUUCGCAAGUCCAUUUGGGGCACUUCGCUACGUUCGCCGAGGUGAGGUACAAGAAUAAUGUUUACGCAGUUACUGCUAAUUUCAAUGUACAACGGGAGAUCAGGAUGGAGAUUCAUCUGGAUCGUUGGAGGGACGUGCACCUGAUUCUCACUGGUAUCAACGAAGAAACCAAUAAAGAAUUUGGAAUUGAAAUCAAAUGGGACGUGAAUCGCGAUCCAGAGCAGAAAUUUGCGACUCUUCUGCAGGUGGCGAAACAUUAUGAAGACACAGGAAUUAAUUACUCCCGGAAUCUAACGGCGUAUGCCAUGGUGACGUAUCCUGGACGACUCUUCACGACUUCGGGUUUACUCGCCAUGAUAAAUGGUAAUAAUUACAUUCUCGAUGGACGAGUUGUCUGGGACCCAGACAGUAUCAUACAGAUUGGUGUGGACAUUGAUUUCGAUACCGAUAACUGGAAGAACUCGGCUAAAUUCAAUGGACAUAUAUUAACGCCCUUCGAGAGCUGGCGAAAGACUAGUUUGAAUGCUAAAUACAACUGGACAGACAGAACACUGGGACUCAAUUGUGACGCACACUGGCAGGAUAACGAGACUUUUCUGAUUCAUCUACUGGCUAGUCAUGAUGAGUUGGAUACUAUGGGGGACGAGUAUAAAGCUGAUUGUGGAUUGAUCAGUACGAUUCAUAACAUGGGUUGGAUGACAGCUAAUAUCACGCACAGACUCUCUCGAAAUGACCAGACAUCGAGUAUGGAUUCGAAACUUCUUAUUAAAUACAGCCCGGACAACGUCAUUGAUAUCAAGAGUAAUUGGAGUAUCGAAGCACCUUCGAGAUCUGGAGAUAAUAUCACUCUAACGGGCAAUCUUGUCUUUGCAACUCCUUUAACUAAAUAUAACAAUGGUGACGUGAAAUUCCAGUUGAGGUGGGAGCCCAAUUGGAAAUUUGGAGGUGCAGCAAGUGCAGAAAUUGAUCUGAGAAAAUACACGGGCAUUUUACGAGGGGAUCUAGCAAGAAUUAAAGAGUCAAUGAUUGAAUUUAAUUUGACAACUCCUCUGGAGAAGUAUAGACUGAUCACUGGAAGAUUUGGUAUUUCGGAAAAAGAUAGACAUGUUGUAGCAGAGGUUGUCAGUCCAUCGGGUCCUCUGGGAAUUGAAGUCUUCUGCCAGGUCUUUACAAAUCCCAAUAAUGAUUUCAAUGUUAUGCUGAAACUGUCAACACCCGUUGAAUUACUCCAGAGGAUCUGGAUUAUUGGGAAAAUGGCUAAAACUGAGGCAGACUUUAGAGUUGCUUAUAAUAAUAUCACUGCUGGCUUCCAAGCUGUCUGGCACUUCCACAACAUCACCGAUUUCCAUUACAGUUAUAUUUUGUUCACUCCGAUUCAUGGACUACACGAGAGUGGAGUUGUUGCUAAACUUAUUAUUCCAAGUUUCAACGAUCAAAUGCGCAAGCAAUACGCUAUCGAUACGGAAUUUUCAAUUAGAGUUGUAGAAACGAAAGUCGGGUUAAAAGCGAUCUCUGGACCAAAAAUUACUGCUCGAGGACUAGAACUUUUGACGGAUGAUGGAGCUGAUUUGAUUCAUGAGGAUGAUUUCAGCUGGCAUGGAGAUGCUGAAGUGAAUCUGGCUGUUAUUGCACCAAUUAUUGGCACUUUGGAUGUCGAUAAAGAUGGGACUGUGUAUCAAGCCACUGGAAUCCUCACAAUUCCUAAUGGAGUUAUCGUUCUCAACGACAAAUUUACUAUUGAAGAUUUCUUCGAUAUGAAAAAUAUUCUUGAGAUUACAACACCAUUUUCCUGGGCAGCUAAGAUCCACUACAAUUAUAUUUUCAAAGUGGAUAUGGAGAAUUCUGUCUACUUCUUGGACAACCAAUUGAACGUGCAUCGCAUCAUCUCCGCUAACUCUUCACACUGGAUUGAUAUUGGAUUGACUGGCAAUUAUUCAUAUGCUGAGGGAGAGGAGGAUUCCUCAGAGAACCACAGGCUGGUGGUGAAAUUAAAAACACCCCUGAAUUUCUUUAAACAAAUAGAAGCAAUUGGGACCUAUGAGCACGAUGAAAAUAUCUUCAAAUCUAGUAUUGAAAUUCACACCAAUGAGAGUGUUGCCCAUUUCAGUGGGUUCAUGGAAUUAGAAGAUCAUUUCUUCGAUGGAGUGGUCAUUGUGGGAGUGACUUCCCCAGUUUUAACUAUUCCAAAGACCAAGGUUAUUCUAAAAAAAGACUUCAGCGAGAAUGAGAAGAGGAUCGAGGCUUGGAUUGAAAUGAAGGAGGUGAAGACAGCCCCAUGUAAAGUGCAAGUAUCUUGGGAAAGAGAGUCAGAAGAAAGUGGAAGGAUUUUUCUAGAUCUGGAAACUUGGAUUCCGUCCCUACCCAGUGCUGAGUUGGACUUGUCUUACCCCAGUAAUUUUUCGCAGAAUAAGACGCAUCAGAUUAAGGCUAGACUUAAACAUCAUCAUGAUAGCGAGUACAACAUAUUAGUUACUCAUGAACCAACCGGUUCUAUUCAAAUUAAUUUGUCUGGACCAAAUGAGAUGGCAUAUGAAUUCAAUGGAACAGUGGAUGAAUCAAACAAACUUGUUGGAACAUUGAUAAAUAUGAAGGAUUCUGAUGUUUAUAGUGUCAACGGACAAUUAAAUUUCGAAAAAAGCGAGACAGGAAUUGAUUCCAUGGACACAGCAAUUUUAAUUUCGAAUGAAAAACAUGGAGAUGAGCAUAAAGUGAAUUUACAAAUCACGAGGGAGAAUUACGGAGUAAAUUUCCAAGUAGGAAGUGAUAUAAUGAAUGUCAGUUCUACAGUGAAAUACAUCAACGUGCUCAACUGGAAUAUCAUCUUCGAGACUUCAUAUGGCAUCAUUCACUCUGACGGAAGCCCACAAAUAAUUCAGUAUUACUUAGAAGCCAAUGCAAAUAUCCAAGCCAACGGAAAUACAAGUCUCUACAUACGUGCAGAAUCACCGCUACAAGGGCUAGAGAAGCUCCAAACCUCCGGGAACGUCCUCCUGGGAGCGGACAACGGAGUCACUAGCCUCAGCCAUCACCUCAAUGACGAUCACUAUCACUUGAACUGCGCCUGGAAACUGAUGUACAUGGUGGACAUGCUGCUCCAAAUCCAAGGUUCAGUGAAUGAGAGGACAGCUGGAGUGGAGGUAUUUUUAAAGAACCCGAAGAGUGGCUACACAAACAUGAAUACUGGCUUCGACAUGAAUAUCAAUGGAGAUCGUUGGAGAUGCAUCACGAAUGCAACUGUCAGUUACAAAAACCUUGAAAACUUCGAUGGAAUAAUAUUCGUUCGACUUCCACCCCCAGACGACGACGAUCAUCAGAUAUUACUAAGCUACCAUUCUAAUCGUGGACUGAGAGAUGCGAAAUACGUUGUUGGUUACACCGCAACGAAGGCAAAGACCAAUUACGCGACUGACGGAUCUAUUUUAUUUGCCGAACGAAACAUUGAUGCUCAUUUACGAUUGAGUUGGGGUAAAUCACUGGGGGAAUCUAUCAAUAACAUCUUCAAUGCCACAUUCGAAGGGCCGAAAAUAGGACUGAAGUACUCCCUAUAUACCCCGAAAUUUAUUGAACAAGAGACUGGGAUCAUUCUGUUGACUUACGAUGGAGGAGAGAGUCACGGAAGUCUUCUUGAUGCCGACAUUUAUUACCCAUCGGCAACCAAAGUCGGAACUGCCCGCAUAUCAUACGACAGCCUGAACAAUAUUAAUGGCACGGUAAACGUCACAACUCCAUUCCCAAAGUUCUCUUAUGCAGCCUGUGACUUCGUCGUCCUCACGACAUUGAGGCGGAACAAGAGAUUUGUCAGGGUCUUCUGGCCGAAUGACACUGCCUACAUUAACUCCGAUUACUCUUACCAAAGUGAGAGACUGAAUUCUAAUCUUGAUGGGAUGGUUCAUCUGGAGAUUCCUCUGAGCACUCGCCAUGUAGCUGAACUCAACUAUGGAUACAAGAAGAAGCCUCAGGUGACUACUGGAGGAGCUCAAUUGGAUUACAAUAAAGAAAGAAUUCUCGAUGCGAAGUAUAAUUCCAAGAGUGAAUCUCGUGCAGGUUUCGAGAAAGAUACAAUACAAAUCACUUUGGAGAAUCCUUUCCAACCGCUGGGGAUUGACUACGUCAAUCAGUUCGAAUAUAGCGCUGGGAAUGCUGGAACUAAUUACCCAACAUUAGAAUCAAGAAGAGGACAUGUGUACAGACUUGAUAACAGCACUGCCUUCAGCAUCUCCGGGGAAUCUCGAAUCAGAACAACUCAUGAAGGACAGGAUAUCGAACUCCAAGCCGAGAGUUCUAAUAAGACAGUUAAAAUGCGGACGGAUUAUCAGGUGCUUCCUGGGGAAUUCAACCACAAUUGCCGGCUGGAGCUAGCUCAAGAUGCCUGGACGGCAUAUAGGCUCAAUAUUGUCAACAAAACUACUGAAGACAUGGAUAAUCAGUUAAUCAUCAUUGAUAUUACUUAUCCCCAUCGGAAUUUCACGAUAGAUGGAUCUUAUAUGAUAACUAGUCACGAGUUCAAUACAGAGGGCAAACUCUCCUGGAAUAAAACGUAUCCCCCGGGGGAAGAACCUUUCGAGUAUGAGAAAGAGAGGACAAUUGGAGCUGGACUUGAAUGGAAGAAUCUAACAGAGAAUAUCGAGGGGGCGUCUGACAAACAGCUCCUCAAUUUUACCUUGAAACAUCCCAGCUUGACAAAAGACGCUAAUUUGGCUGGAUAUUUGCAUAGACGGAACGGCAAGAUGUUGCUGAAUGCGACGAUUAUAGUCGAUUACUCUGAGGACCCUGAAAAACUCGGGAGACUGUCCACAAUUGUGCAAGAUGACAGCACUACCCCGAAAGAAGUUAAAUACUCCUAUUUGGUACAGGGAAAUCAUCCAAGGACAAGAUUGAAUCUAGAUGUCUUUGGAUCAGUGACGAGAAACUCAUGGUCGUUCUUCCAUACGUACCAUAAUGCGAGUUAUGGCAGGGGUUUCCUUCCCGCUGAGAAGGGUCAUUUGUACGCGCGAAUUGAUGUCCCUGAGCAUCAAGUAGAGUUCCAUCGAGAGAGCAAUGAUCUAAUGAAGCAUCUAGAUCUUGCUUAUUACCCGAUGUAUCCGAUCUACAGGAUCAAUGGAAGCAUCGCGGAUUCGGUUAAAUCACUGAAUGCCACUGGUGCUUACUAUCUAAAUAUUCCUGAAAAACUUACUUGGAUGAUGGUAAACUAUACUCCCGACGCCAUCACCAGUCUCAGAAUGUACGGCAACAUUCCCGAUGUUCGAAAUGCUGCGCUCAAUAUCUGGAGAACGUAUGACAGGGAUCUGACUGUCAGCGAUGUCUCGUUUUACCUGAAAUUAAAUCAUUCGAGGCUCGUUACGUAUACCCUAAAGUGGCGACCAGAACUUAAAGGAGAUAUAGUGGAAAGUAUUAAGACAUCUAUGGCUGAUCUUUACACGGAAUUUGGUAAGGAUGUUGACUAUUGGAAGUACUAUGUCAAGAGUGAGAGCAUCAGCGCUGUCAACGAAAUCUGGGAUGACGCCAAGGACGAUUUGUAUGAGUACAUCAACGACUGGGAGAACCUGAAGGAGCUUGAUGAUGAUUUGGAAAGGCUGAAGAUUUAUCUGAAUGACUCCUACAACGCCAAUGAUUUUUAUAUCAAGGAUAUGGUCGCUGUGGGAAUGUAUGUGAUGGAUGAACUGGCUUUGAGGAAGCAUAUAGAAUCUCUGCCGAAUAUAUUCAACGAAAUUUGGGAGAUAAUGGGAGACUCAGGGGAAGCCAUCCGGAACUCCCUUCUGUGGGUCAUCGAAGCAACGAAGGCGGCGUAUAAAAAAAUCUGUGAAAUUGUUAGCGCCGUUUUGAAGGGAGAAUCAAUUUCACAGAUAGCUCAAAUUAUAGAGAAGAUUGUUGAGAAAUAUGAUAAAAUUGUGAAGGAUCUUCACGUGUCAUUCAUCAAGUAUGUCCAAAAGUUGUGGAGCAAUGUGUCUCAAGUGAUUAAUGAACAGUGGAACAGAAUUCUAAAGGCUAUAGAACCACUGUUCAUCAGAGUUAUCCAUUAUUUAGAAGCAGUUCUCUGGAAGGCCAGCAAAGAAAUUUUGGACUUUUUGUAUGAUCGUAGGAACGAACUCAUCAAAUCCCCCUAUUUCGACCGAUUGGCUAAUUUCACCCAAGAUGUGGACAAAUUGUACAGGGAUAUCAAGGCCAAUGACAUAAUCACGAACAUUAGAAAGUAUUCAGCGAUCAUCAUAUCGUUCCUCCAGGAGCGAUACUUCACGAUGGUUCCUUUUGGAAAGGAAUUAAAAGCUAUCAUAGAUGAGAUAUUAACAGAGCUUUCCGAGUUGAAGAAACUACCGAGUGUCCACUUCGCCCUAGACAAAAUUCAUUAUGUUUACGACCGAGUUAGUUACUUGUACAAAUACUUUGGCAUUCAAGCGAAAGUUGAGAAAACUAUACGAUUAAUUCAUUCGAAGUUGAUGGACGUUAGUCAGAGUGCACUUCAAGCUGAGAGCAAAUACAGAGAGGCAAAGACUAAAUUCAUAUUCGAUCCGAAUAUUGGACUCAUGUGUCUGGAGCAAAAAUUACCAGUCUCGUGGCACGCAUUCAAUCAGACUCCAGAAUUCCAGGAAAUUCCUGAGUACAGGGCAAUCAUUGAUUUACGUGAUUAUUUCACUGCUUCGAAUGCAACUUUCUGGACGCUCUACUAUCGAUUCAGACCCUACACAGAUCCUUACAAUCUUCUGCCACCUUUCAAAGCCCAGGCGAUGAUCGUUGGUCAUCAACAUUACGUGACAUUCGAUGAUUAUCACUAUGAUUUCGUUGGAAAUGGAACUUAUCUGCUGGCCAGUGAUUUUGUAGCGAGUGAUUUUGCUGUUCUCAUAUCUUACGAUAAUUCGCCAGUGGUAGAUGCUAAUUCCACAGUAAAAUAUAAGAUUAUCGUGCUCUCUGGGCCGCAGGAAAUUGAAAUAAAUGUGUUCACUGAUACCGUUUUCAUUCACAAUUCCAAUGACUCCCUCCGACUUCCAAUGGAAUUAGAAAAUGGAAUGGGAUUUGUUCAUCAAAAAGAGAGUAUUGUAACUGUUGAAUUGAAGAGAGGGCUCUUCAAUCUCAAAUGUAAUCUUAAAUACGAUGUAUGUGUCCUGGAAUUGGCUGGAUGGUACUUCGGAAAAACAGCUGGAUUACUAGGAACAAUGAACCAUGAACGUUAUGACGAUAUGAUUCAGUCGAAUGGAGUGGUUGCAACUGAUAUUCUCAGUUUUGCAAACAGCUGGAGAAUCCCAGACACUAAUCAAUUGGAAAAUAAUUCCCAACCACUCAGGAAUCUAGCAACAACUGGAGAUUCUGAUAAGGAUGCCCGAAAAUUCUGUGAGAAUAUCUUCUCCAACAAGAGCUCCGAAUUUGGAGACUGUUUUGCCGUAGUGGAUCCUGCAUUUUAUGCAACAACAUGUGCAAAUUCAAGAUCAGUGGCUGAGGCUUGUACAUUAGCGAUAUCUUACAUGCAGAUAUGUGGCUUCUACGAUACGUUUUUAAGGAUUCCAGACACGUGUACUUCCUGCCCUAUGAGUGAUGGCUCUGUAGUUCCCGAGGGAGAGUUCCAAAAAUUAGAGGAUAAUCGGGUGCCCCAGUCCACGGAUAUUGUCUUUAUUGUCGAGGCGAAGAGUUGUAAUUACGAUAUAAAACAGAAUCGUAGUAUUAAUACCCUCGUGAGCCAGAUCAGCAAGGAACUCUUGGAUAGUGGACUGAAAAAUAAUCGCUGGGCUCUCGUGACUUUCGGUGGUGACGGAGUUUAUGAUCAACCCAGAAGUGUUAUUCUUGAUAAUAACAUAUUUACGCAGAAUGUUGAGAGAUUCUCUGAUUAUUUUGAUACAAUUAGAGUUGGAAAUGGUAAUCAAGAUGUGUUUGGAGCGAUAGCAUUCGCCUCGAAAUUAGUUUUCCGAGCUGGUGUAUCCAAAACGUUCAUCCUGAUGCCCUGUUCACACUGUGAACCCCAGAACCAGACGUUCGAAUAUUCUGUUAUUAAUCAAGUACUUCUCGAGCAUGAAACUACCCUUCACAUUCUCAUGGAUGGAGAUUUUAAUUUCAGUAAACAGAGACUCAGUAAAACAUUCUAUGGUCUCGACGCAACGAAAUCUUAUACCAGGAAAGAUGUAAAGGUUCUAACUGGUGACGUCGAUCUCAGGCGUCAAGUUAAAUUGUCUAAGAGUGCUCUGGGAUACUGUACACCACUCUCUCUAGAGUCAAAUGGAACGAUAUUCAGUGGAAAUAAGUUGAGAUUUGAGAAACCUAUCGCAGUCAAGAAAUUUGCCACUGUCUUUGCAAAAAGAGUUGCAGCAACAGCAUCGCCUAGCCCAUGCCAAAAUUGCGAGUGCACUGCAGAUAAUGAUGGCGUCACAUAUAUGGACUGUAUGUCUUGUCUAUACCCGAUGCCGACGUACGUCGAUUAUGUCAGUGAAACAUUCAAUGAAGACGACACACUCUCAGUUCUCCAACAGAUAGACGCCGACUACCUUCCAAUUGAUGAUGUAGAAGACUAAUUUAACGUAUAUACAUAUAUUCUCUUCAAUAUCACAACUCUCAUGAGUUUCAGUUUGUAUUAUAUUUGAAAUAAUUACAUUGUUAAAUCAAAUUUAUAAUAUUUCACAUGUGUCAUAUAAAACCAUUUUCUAAUGUUCAAUUUGUA